CCUCCAGCUUAGAGAAAUGACUGACUGAGCAUGCUCUGUGGAGACCCUCUGAAGAAGAGGGCCGACAGAGGGAGCCAUCAGGUCACAUGACCGGCGAGGUGAAUGUGCAUGCGGGGAAAGAAAAGGAAAAGAGGAACAAUCUGUUCGACACAUUCUCGCUCUCUCUCCCUCUCUCUGUCCUCCCCCUUCCCUCUCUCCCUCUCUCUCUCUCUCAAACACACACACCCUCUCUGACGCCUUCUUCUUCUCAAUGGAGGCCAUGAGAAGAAAGCAGCCGGCUGGUCUAGCCAAGGGCAGUGCGGAUAAGGGUGCAUCUGCAAAGAAAGAGGGCCUCAAUCCAGCAAGCAACGGAGAGACGUCAGAUGGAGACAAAGACGUAGCAGCCAGGCUGGCCUCCUCUCCUGCAGCAGAGGCGAUGCUCAAUGGCACCGAAUGUGACGAUACGAGGCACAAGAGCCCGACACACGGCUCCGCAACAGGCAGCAACAAGACUUUACUGUUGGCGAAUGAAAAUGGUUUGCCUGACAUGGAGCCACCGCACGGUUCUGUUACUGGAAGCAAUGGAUUCAUCCUCACGAAGCAGCAGCAGCAGCAGGAAGGCAGCUCUGCAGUGAUGCCAGGUUUGGGGGUUUCCCCUCCCAGGACUAACUGGUUGCCUUCGGGCACAUCAACAGGGGGACAUAUGGUCAAACCCCUCCCUGCCUCGGCAUCAGGGUGUGCACAGACUUCUGGUGCAUUAAGGACUGACCCCAGUACAGGGACUACGUUGGGACAGGGUAUAUCAGACACUAAAAAUGGCACAGCCCCGUCUCCUGCACCGGCUCCAGCACCCGUCACGAUACACAGAGCGCGCAAGACCAUGUCCAGACCUGCUGUCAGCCCGGCACAAAAGCUUCUUAACAGGGAAUUAAGAGAAGCAAAAAGUGCCAAAAUGGAGAAAAUGGAGACUCACGUUGCACCUGACACGCAGAAAUCCUUGCAACAGUCGUCCUCCCAGAACCAUCUACCUCAGAGUCCACCAGACACGCCAGCUUCAGCACAAACUGCGUCAUCCGCUUCACCAGCACCUCCGCCAACUCCAGCUCCUCCGGCUCCAGCCCUAACCAAGCUCCAACUAGGCUCUUACUCAGGAGGGUUGUCAUCCCGUAAGAAGAAGAGGAGGAUGGGAACAUACAGCCUGGUUCCCAAGAAGAAAACCAAAGUGCUUAAGCAGAGAACUGUGCUUGAAAUGUUUAAGGAACUACAGCAGUCUGCCAAGAGCCCACAGACUAAAGAGGUAGCAAACAUAAAUGGGGAGAAGGUGGAAAAUGCCUCUGAGGAGGAAGAGUCGGAGGAGGUGGAGUCUGAGGAAGAGGAAGGUCAGCAGCCAGCAGAAGAACCUGUCCUUGCUGUUCAGGCAGCAACACCUGAACCCAUCUCUCAGGUGGGAGAUGAUCAGGAGUCUGAAGAGUCUGGAGAAGAAGAUGGAGAGGAGGAGGGCACAGAGUCCGACAUGAGCACAGAGUCGAGUCAGAAGAAGAAGUUGAAAAAGAAAACAAAAGGAGACAGCGCGUGGCUCAGGCCGUCCAGGAAACGAAAGAGGAGGAUAAAGGCCAAAGACCUGGAGGUGGUGGCUCAGCCUCAGGCUUCAGCUCAGGCCCUGGCAGGUGAUGGGAAGGAGUACACACACAUUCUCCCCCCUGAGUCUGUCAACCUCAACAAGCCUCAAGAGCCGGCGGUACCAAACAAAGGCGUUUCAGGGUCAGCGGUCGAAGAGGCUCAGGAGCUUCCUCUCUGCAGCUGCCGCAUGGAGACGCCCAAGAGUCGAGAGAUUCUCAUCCUGGCAGACAGGAAGUGCAUGGCCACAGAGAGCGUUGAUGGACAGCUGACCCGCUGCCAGGGGGCUGUGCUGAAACAUGAGAUGAUGCGUCCCUCCAAUUCUGUCCAGCUGCUGGUUCUGUGCGAGGACCACCGCAACGGCAUGGUGAAGCACCAGUGCUGCCCCGGCUGCGGCUUCUUCUGCAGGGCUGGGACCUUCAUGGAGUGCCAACCAGACGUCAGCAUCUCUCACCGUUUCCAUCGCGCUUGUGCCUCGGUGCUGAAAGGUCAAAGUUUCUGUCCCCACUGCGGAGAGGAGGCCAGCAAGGCCAAGGAGGUCACCAUCGCCAAGGCCGACACCACCUCCACUGUGCCCGCUGCACUCGCGCACGGUCCCGCCACACCUGGGGCCCCCGAGGGCAGAGCGGACACCACCACCGGCAGCUCUUCCCGUCUGGCCGUCGGGGCUGAGGCCAGCGGCCGGGCCGACAGCUCACUGUCUGUUCGUUCUGCACAGGAAUUCGACCCCUCUGCUGUUCCUGGGUCGUCCAGGACUGCAACACUGCAGACCAGUAUGGGAACAACAGGCUCACCAAUAGUUCCUCCAGGACCACCCAGAGAAACCCUGGAGAGCAUCCUGGUAGCUCUCGACACAGAGAAGCCCAAGAAGCUGCGCUUUCACCCCAAGCAACUUUAUCUCUCAGCCAAACAGGGAGAGCUCAAGAGGGUCUUGCUCAUGUUGGUGGAUGGCAUCGACCCCAACUUUAAGAUGGAAUCGCAGAAUAAACGCACACCACUGCACGCAGCAGCUGAGGGAGGACACAAAGACAUCUGCCACAUGCUCGUACAGGCCGGUGCAAACUUGGACAUGUGUGAUGAAGAUCAGCGGACACCGCUGAUGGAGGCCUGUGAGAACAACCACAUGGAGACGGUACUGUACCUGCUGAGGGCUGGAGCCAGCGCCUCACACAAGGAUGUUGAAGGGUUCACGUGUCUCCACCUAGCAGCGAAGUCUGGCCAUUACAACAUUGUUGAGCACCUUCUGAACACAGGACUGAUCAACAUAAACUGUCAGGAUGAUGGAGGGUGGACGGCCAUGAUCUGGGCGACAGAGUACAAACACGUGGACCAGGUGAAGCUGCUUCUGUCCAAAGGAGCCGACAUCAGCAUCAGGGACAAGGAAGAAAACAUCUGCCUUCACUGGGCGGCGUUCUCUGGCAGCGUGGAGAUCGCCGAGCUGCUCCUGAACGCUCACUGUGACCUGCAGGUUGUCAACAUCCACGGAGACUCUCCCCUACACAUCGCUGCUCGAGAGAACCGCCUGGAUUGUGUCUCGCUCUUCCUGUCUCGAGGAGCGGAUGUGUUUCUGAAGAACCGGGAGGGGGAAACUCCUCCGGACUGCUGCAGCCACAACUCAAAGGCCUGGGCGGCUCUGCAGGCCAACAGGAGGGAGAGGGACGCCAAGAACAUGAGGCUCAGUCAAGCAGAGGAAAAAGUCCUUCACAGUGAUAUAGCUCUGGGCCAGGAGAGAGUUCCCAUUCCCUGUGUCAACUCUGUUGACAGUGAACCUUAUCCAGACAACUACAAAUACAUCCCUGAGAACUGUGUCACCUCCCCCAUGAACAUCGACAGAAACAUAACACACUUACAGUACUGUGUUUGUAAAGAGGAUUGUUCGGCAAGUAUCUGCAUGUGUGGACAGCUCAGUCUACGCUGCUGGUACGACAAGAGCGGCCGUCUUCUCCCUGAAUUCUGCCGUGAGGAGCCUCCCCUCAUCUUUGAGUGCAACCAUGCGUGCUCCUGUUGGAGGACCUGCAAGAACCGCGUCGUGCAAAAUGGACUCAGGACCAGGCUUCAGCUCUUCAGGACCAGUAAGAAGGGCUGGGGUGUCCGGGCCCUUCAGGACAUACCGCAGGGGACCUUUAUAUGCGAGUACGUAGGGGAGAUCAUCUCAGAGGCAGAAGCAGAGAUGAGGCAAAACGAUGCUUACCUGUUCAGUCUGGAUGAUAAGCCACAAGACUUGUACUGCAUCGAUGCCCGUUUCUAUGGAAACAUCAGCCGCUUCCUCAAUCACAUGUGCGAGCCCAACUUGUUUGCCUGUCGAGUGUUCACAACGCACCAGGACCUUCGUUUCCCACACAUCGCCUUCUUCGCCAGCGAAAACAUCAAGUCUGGAGAGGAGCUCGGAUUUAACUAUGGUGACCACUUCUGGGAAGUCAAAAGCAAGCUGUUCAACUGCGAAUGCGGCUCCUCGAAGUGCAAGUACUCGUCGGCAGCCAUGGCAUCGCUGCAGGCCGACAGUACACCGGAGGACCAGCGGCAGCCCAGCGCGUCACCUGACACCAGCUCUUCCAACAGCCCCCCCAGUCCCUCAUAAAACCCUCCUCCUGACACUAAGCUUCGCUACACAUACAGGACUGUGUCCAUUCUCCAUGAACUUUGAACUUUUAUCAGUGAACUUGUACUGUAUCUCCACUUCUUAUGAAAUGACCAUGGACCAUAGACAACAACAAAAACAACAACAGCAACAACACACACACACACACACACACACACACAGACACACACAGACACACACACACACACACACACACACACACAGAAGCAGAUGCACAAUCAAAUCCUGGAAGAAGUGACUGCUCCUUUAUUCCACCUUGUGUAACAUGAACAGCAGAGGGCAGCACAGCGAGACUGUCUUUACAUUUCAUACACAACUUUACUGGGAGGGAGAACUGUGCAUUUUGUCUUUUGUUUUUUUUGGUUUUUUUUUUAAAGAUAACUGAUUGACAUUGAUAAAUGACUUUUCUUAGAGUCAUGAUCAAGGAGUUUCAGGGGUUGGGGAUAAGCGAAUCGUUGUCUUUUGCAAAGACAACCUCAGCAUACAGCUGUGUUUAACUUGUUUGACCGCUGUGGUCAUUUAUCAUGAACCAUUCCAGCAAAAUUAGCUGAUAAAUAUUGGAUUUUGUUGCCACUUUUUUGUGUCACUUCAUCUUUGUUGCAGUGUUUGAAUGGAUGUCCAACAUUUGCCACCACGGUUGAUUAUAAAUUGAAGAAUUAACUGACAUGAUGUGAAAAAGUGGACUUUGUUUUUUUAAAUUUGCUACUCGAAUGAGUAUAGAUUGUCCGAAAGAAAGAUGCUGUACCAUUCCUCAAAAAUGAGGCGUUUCUAGUCUGAAUAAAUUGGCUGAGCUUUUUUUUAUAUUAAGCAUGGGGAUCUUAAUGUGUCAGAUGUUUCGCCACAGCUGUGGAGGAGUUAAAAUGGUUGAAAUGGAAUUUAAAAAAGAAAAAAAUAACAUGGUGCUGACAAAGGUUUUUACUUUUGUUUUCAUUUGUAUUACCCAAGUGAACAUAGUUUGUAAAAUAAGAGAACAUUUUAAGUUUUUUUAUGUUUAAUUUUUCUAAUGUAGUUACUGUAGUUAGCCUGUUUUUAAUUUUGUCUCAUGAUUUUUGCCGACAGACGCCAACCCAUCUUUUUAAAUGUUGUUAGUAAAGCAGUGACUGUUGUGCAAAGUUUUGAAAGGUAUAACUGAGAAAAAAAAAGGUUAUAAAAAUGCACUUCCAUUACGUUCUGUUACAUACUUCUGGACCGUGAACCAUCCAUCUAAUUGGUUGUAUCUUUUUCAAUAAAUUUACUACUAAUACAUUUA